AUGGGCGAUGCACCGGGUAUUACGCCCGCGAAUCAGGGACCGGUCUAUGGUCAGACUCAGCCUGAACAAAACCCGUUUUCUGCGGGGGUAAAAACAGCCGCUAGUUCUGCUUGUUCUAAUCUAGAUGUAAAUCCGGAAAUUCUAGCUCAGACGGAAACGUUGACAUUACUUGAGGCGGGAGGACAGGAUGCUCCGGGCCGCGCUGUGAAGGAUGCGGGCACUCACCCGUUAGAACUAGAGGCGGAACGUGCAGGGGAGCAAGUAAUCUAUACAGACCUAGAGACGGAGACAGUGAAUUGCAGCCCAGCACUUCUAUUUGUUAUAGUCGGCCUUCCCCUGGUGCUCUUCUCCGCUUUCGUCACCCACAAGGGACUGGACGAAAUGUUUUCGGGCAGCAAGAAGGUGCCGGUGGGCCCGGUUCUUCUCCCCGACCCCUCUCAUGGCCUGAAUCAAUUCCUGACGCAAAGCAACGCCACCCUGAACCUGACGCUGUGCGUUACGGAUGCGAUGUGUUUCUACGUGGCCUUUCCGGACAGCUGUCCGCAGCUGGGCGACCUGUAUGGCGGCCGCACUCGACCUCCGUCGCCGGAAGUCGUCUAUCGGGAGCCGGGAGCUACUACGGUGGUAAAGUGUCACGCCAAGGCAGGGUAUGACUUCUAUCAAGCGGAAACGUCUGACAACUCUUGCGAAUUCCCGCCCCCUAUUGCGAUAGAGACCAUGCAAGACACAAAGGUACCAAUUUUCGAGUACUGCGCCUGGUUCGCGUUUGGCUUCAUAAGCGAGCUGAUUUGGAACACAAUCGCGACGGCGCUCGUCGGGGGCUUUUAUGAAGGAAUGUUGUGGGCCUGCGCCUCUGCUUUCGUCACCUACAAGGCAAUGGAAGAGAUGUUCCCAGUCCCUAGCAGGGAGCUGCAGUACGUAGGCCCGGUUCAGCUCCCCGACCCCUCCGAGGGCCUCAACCAUUUCCUGACGCAAAGUAACGCUGCCUUGACUCUGACCCUGUGCAUUACGGACGCUAUGGGCUUCUACGUGGGCUUUCCGGACAGCUGUCCGCAGCUGGGCGACCCAUAUGGCGGACGCGUCAGAACGCCCCCGCCGAUAACCUCUAAUGAGGCGAAACCACUUGCAGGAGAUUACUCGUUCUUUGUGACAAUGGCCAUGUGGGCGACCGGAAUUCCGGCUGUGUUCGUUGCCGCUUCUAUGAUCCUACACGGUUGUUUCUAUGCGGAGAAGAAGAUACGCGAUGCGAUCCAAAGGCGUAAGGCGGGCGCUUACAAGCUUGUGCCGAUGGAGGGAGGUUUGGAGCAGCAGCCAGUGUGA